UGUGUGUUUCUUGUGCAGUGUGUGCGCUUCUGGCAUCCAUCAAUCAGCCGACCGAAUUCGACGAAAGGAGAUAAACCAGAAAUUACCGAAAAAUUACCAAAACUCUUCCCGUUUUCCCCCGAUUUUCGACCGAUAACAGCGGAUCAAGUGCACCAUCCAAAACGCCGCUUACUUCAGUCGAAAUCCCAAAAGAGGGAAAAAGACAGGCAGAAAGAGAGAGAUAGGGAGAGUGAGUGAGACAGAGAGACGGGGAAAUAACAGUUUCGACAGCUAAUAACAGUCGCUCUAUGCGUGUUUUGCCUCUGUGUUGGUGACUGUACUUUUUGGCGCCCAAAAACAUUACCGCGCAGCAACAAACAAACAAGCAGGAAAACAUUCAAACUAAUUAACCAAAUUUUACCAAAGCGAAAUUUAAAGUAAACUCUGCGCUUCUAAAUAGACGGAUAAAAAGAAUCUAGGACAGCUUUGAAAUCACCCUAGGCGCCCAAUAAAUAUACAUCUCUAAAUGCAUCAGCUAAGCAACAGUAUUUUUGCUCAACAAUAAAUUUACGAUAACUCUCAAGGCAGAAAAAUAGAAGAAAUAUUUUGAUAGCCGUGAUUAUUUGUUGCAUUUGAAUAAAAACCACUGAAGAUACGAGCAGCAAAGAGAACGCAGCGAGCUUAAGCCAACAACGUAGUACGACUAGCAAAAGACACCACCAAUUUAAUUUUAUCUAGAAAACCAUACAAUACCGCAAGCAAAGUAGCCAAAAUCUCUAUAUGUAUAGUACGUGUAUUGGUCAUUUAUGAUUGAUAUAUAGCAAAGUUAUAUUUACAAACCCACAACAUAACCGGAAGGGGAGCCCAGAAAAGACAGACAAAACCACUGCUGCGAUACAGACCGCUGAAUACGGUCAGAUCCAGAUACAUUUUCAUCUAAACCGAGUUAAGACAAAGGCAGCAAAAUAGAUACCAUGGAAGACAAUAACACGAGCAGCAGUGCGGGCGGUGCGUCCAUCAAACACGAGGAUCCAUCGGUGACACUCACAAUAAGGCUGAUUAUGCAAGGAAAGGAAGUUGGUAGUAUUAUUGGUAAAAAGGGUGAAAUUGUCAACAGAUUUCGUGAAGAGUCUGGUGCCAAAAUCAACAUUUCGGACGGCUCAUGCCCGGAACGUAUUGUGACUGUGUCUGGUACAACUAACGCAAUCUUUUCGGCAUUUACGCUCAUUACAAAGAAGUUCGAAGAGUGGUGCUCGCAGUUCAAUGAUGUAGGCAAAGUUGGCAAAACUCAAAUACCCAUUCGAUUGAUUGUGCCCGCCAGUCAAUGUGGAUCGUUAAUUGGCAAGAGUGGUUCAAAGAUCAAGGAGAUUCGCCAGACCACAGGCUGCUCCAUCCAGGUGGCCAGUGAAAUGCUGCCCAAUUCGACAGAGCGGGCGGUUACCUUGAGCGGCAGUGCCGAGCAGAUCACCCAGUGCAUCUAUCAGAUAUGUCUUGUCAUGUUGGAGUCCCCGCCACGCGGUGCUACCAUCCCGUACCGACCAAAACCGCAGGUGACUGGCCCCGUCAUUCUGGCCAAUGGACAGGCCUUCACCAUUCAAGGAAACUACGCAGUGCCCACACAAGAGACCUGUCCAGUAUUUCCACUUGCCCUGGCUACCGGCGGUCUACAUGCUGGUAUCUCAGGCUUGGCGGAUCCUUUGUUAAAGGGGGCACAUUUACAAGGAGCGAUACCAGCACACCACCAUCACCUACAGCAAAUGCCCGAUGUGGCCAAGAACCCGCUGGCCAGUCUGGCUGCCUUAGGCCUGGCUGGGAUGAAUCCGGCCAGCACUGGGGGCAUCAACCACACAGGCUCUGCCCCAGCAGCCUUGGCUGCACUGGCCGGGUCGCAACUGCGUACAGCGAAUCCCGCGAACCGAGCCCAGCAGCAGCAGCACGAGAUGACCGUCUCAAACGACCUGAUCGGCUGCAUCAUCGGCAAGGGUGGCACCAAGAUCGCCGAGAUCCGCCAGAUCUCCGGCGCCAUGAUCCGGAUCUCCAACUGCGAGGAGCGCGAGGGCGGCAACACCGACCGGACCAUCACCAUCAGCGGCAAUCCGGACUCGGUGGCUCUGGCCCAAUACUUAAUCAAUAUGAGUGUUGAGCUGCAGAAGGCCAAUCUCUUGGAGCAAGCCCAGGCCCAGCAGAACGGAGGUGCUGCCGCAGCUCCCGGAGCUGCUGCUGCCGGAGUGGCCGCAGUCGCCGGAGCAGCAGCUCCGACCGCCGGCACGAACGGAGCCAUCCCGACGGUGGCCCUCACCGGCGGCACAGGAGUCGUGGGCGCGGGUGGUGGCGCAGGAGCCACCGGGGUGGCCAAUGGCACUGCUCCGGCGACCAACGGCGGUGGCAGCAGCAUCUCCGCCACCGGGUACACCAGUGCCAAUGGCAGCCAGACAACAAACGGAUCGGUCGGAGUGAAUCCGGCAGCGGCCGCCGCCCUGUCCAGUCCUCUGGCCUCGGCUCUGCAGCUGCUGACCAAGCCGGGAGCCCUGAGCGCCCUGUCCAACCUUAGCGCCCUCGAUCUGCUCAACCUGACCACGCUGGGCAACAACAACGGGGCCGGUGGCACUCCGGGCGGACCGCCGGUGCAGACGACGGGCGUGAACCGCGCCAAGGGCCACUAUGCCACCUCCCGGUUCCGGCAGCACCAGACGGAGAGCGGCGGCGAGGCGGAGAAGCCGCGCAACAAGUUCAAUCCGUACUAGGAUUAGGGCUGCAGCUGCAUCAGCCGGAGAGCAGUGGAGAUAUAGUCGCUUAGUUUUAUAGGAUUUCCAUGAUAGCGUUGCGAAAGCUUUAGACUUUAGAUUCUUGAAGAAGAAGAAGCAAAAUUGUAAAAAAUUCGCUUUAAACUUAUGUGGCAUGCGUACAACAAGCUACGAACGUAUUCAUAUUGUAUUCAGAUUCGUAUUCGAAGUUUCAAGACAAUUUUUACAUCUAGUUAAAGCACAGUAUCCAAGUAAUUGAUAAACAGACCCUAUGCAAUAUUUAUCAAUGUUUUUGAAAAACAAACUAACCAGCAACAAUAAGCAGUCACACUUAGAUCGGCCGUAUAGGGCAGCUAGAGAUUAAUCGAUCAGAAUCCGAAAUCAGAAUCAAGCACUUAAACAAUAUUGUGUAUCGAAUAUAUAAGGACAGGGUUAUUUGUGUAAGGCCCGAUCGAGAUAUUUUGACCAAGUGACCAAGGACCCUAGCGGGCGCUAUAGAUUUUGGACCCUAAACUUUUGAUAAACGCCUACUAACAUAUAUACAUGGGUACAUGAUGAGUGUAUCGUAUAUAACAGAAUUUGCCAAAUUUUAGCGCAUCCCCUAGUAUCGUUCUUCGAAGCUUUAGAUUAGAUUAGAUCGCGUUUAUAGGCGUCGAAUGCCGAAUAUCGAUAUAGAGCAGGUACCGAGCAUUGCGUUAUCCUCAACAGCCAACAAUCUUUCCCCAAUCCAUUCAUUGUAACAUAAAACACGCUCCAAUAUCUUAUAAUUCAUUAUACUCUCUUAGACUGUAAGCACUAAACGUAUUUUUUCCCUAUACAUAUAUAUGAUUAUAUUUAAACAUUAAGCAUAAAGACCCAAAAGCCAUGUGUCGAGAGCAGAAGCAGCAGCAGAGAAAAGUGAAACAGACAGAAUAUGAAAUAAAAGAACCUUCUAUAAGAAGUUUACAAAGAAGAAAUUCCAAUGCGUUGAGACCCCGAUAGGGGAGCAAUGAGAUUCGAGCUCGGAGCGAGGGGGAUCAACGACCUUUAUGGACCAAUUCGCUCUAAUUGACGCAAUCCACGCAAUGAGCGUACAAAAAACCAACUAUUUGAAUAGAAAAACAAGCACACAGAGAAAAUCAUGGAACCGCCAAGAAAAGGUGGCCAGAGAAACAUAUUCAAGGCAUAUGUUCAAUAGGAGGAACAAAAUUUGAAUUAAAUUGAAGAAAAAACGUUAUCAUGUAUUAGACUUUAAGUCUUCGAUUGUUUAUUGAAUUUUAUUUGUUAGUUGUAGCGAUUUUCCCAAACCCAACUUUGUAUUUAUUAUACGAUUGUAAAUUUUUGUUAUUAUUUGUAACCAAAACACUUUUGAAUUGGUCGAAAAUAAUGUUGAAAAGUAUUUGGAAAUUUAAUUUUCUUUACCCUGAAGUACACGGAAUUAUUGUAGCUACUUUAAAGGAUCUUUAUAUGAUUUUCUUAUUAUUAUAUUUACCAGUAGGUUUAAGAAAAAUGACACAUUAUGUAACACUUUAAGCUAAGCGGGCUUACGAUUUUAUAACCAAAUUAUAUUCCUAACUAUUCAUACAUACAUCUACAUACAUACAUACCCACAUACCCGUACAUACAUAUAUGCGAACAUAAUUAUUAUGACUCAUUAACACAACGUAGUUAAACAAGUAAAGGAGUAAUGCAGUAAUGUGAAAAUCUUA